UGCGGUGCCGAGCGGCGGCGGCAGCGGCGGCUCCCCGAGCCUAGCGCGGCGGGGCCAGAGAGAGCGGAGCGGACGAGCUCGCUCUGCCUCGUCUUACCCGCUUCACGAGAAGCAGCGGCGGCCCCUGGGAAGGUUUUAAACCGGCAUCAUGGCUCAUUCAAAGACUCGAGCAAAUGAUGGAAAAAUUACUUAUCCACCAGGUGUUAAGGAAAUAUCUGAUAAAAUUUCUAAAGAAGAGAUGGUACGGCGGUUAAAAAUGGUUGUCAAAACAUUCAUGGAUAUGGACCAGGACUCUGAAGAAGAAAAGGAGCUCUAUCUAAAUCUCGCUUUGCAUCUUGCCUCAGAUUUUUUCCUUAAGCAUCCUGAUAAAGAUGUACGCUUGCUCGUAGCUUGUUGUCUUGCUGAUAUUUUUAGAAUAUAUGCCCCUGAAGCACCAUACACUUCACCAGAUAAACUUAAGGAUAUAUUUAUGUUCAUAACAAGACAAUUGAAAGGAUUAGAAGAUACAAAAAGUCCACAGUUCAAUAGAUAUUUUUAUUUGCUUGAGAACAUUGCGUGGGUUAAAUCUUACAACAUAUGCUUUGAACUUGAAGAUAGCAAUGAAAUUUUCACACAAUUGUACAGAACAUUGUUUUCUGUAAUCAACAAUGGUCAUAAUCAAAAGGUUCAUAUGCAUAUGGUGGAUUUGAUGAGCUCUAUAAUUUGUGAAGGUGAUACAGUGUCGCAGGAGCUUUUGGAUACAGUUUUAGUUAACCUGGUGCCUGCACAUAAGAACUUAAACAAACAAGCAUAUGACUUGGCAAAGGCUUUACUGAAGAGGACGGCCCAAGCUAUUGAACCAUACAUUACUAAUUUCUUUAAUCAAGUGCUUAUGUUAGGAAAAACAUCUAUCAGUGAUCUCUCGGAGCAUGUUUUUGACUUAAUUCUGGAGCUAUACAAUAUUGAUAGUCAUCUUUUACUAUCCGUUUUGCCACAGCUUGAAUUUAAACUAAAGAGCAAUGACAAUGAAGAACGCCUGCAGGUUGUAAAAUUACUAGCAAAAAUGUUUGGGGCAAAGGAUUCAGAGUUGGCAUCUCAAAACAAACCACUUUGGCAGUGCUAUUUGGGGAGGUUUAAUGAUAUCCAUGUACCUAUCCGUCUUGAAUGUGUGAAAUUCGCUAGCCACUGCCUUAUGAACCAUCCAGAUCUAGCAAAAGAUUUAACAGAAUACCUUAAAGUGAGGUCUCAUGACCCUGAAGAAGCUAUUAGGCAUGAUGUUAUUGUAUCAAUAGUUACUGCUGCUAAGAAAGAUAUUUUGCUCGUCAAUGAUCAUCUUCUUAACUUUGUGAGAGAGCGAACGCUUGACAAACGGUGGAGAGUGCGAAAAGAAGCAAUGAUGGGACUUGCACAGAUAUACAAGAAGUAUUCCUUGCAGUCAGAAGCUGGAAAAGAAGCUUCAAAACAAAUUGCCUGGAUAAAGGACAAGCUGCUGCAUAUAUAUUAUCAAAACAGUAUUGAUGAUCGACUGCUGGUGGAACGCAUCUUUGCUCAGUAUAUGGUCCCUCACAAUUUGGAAACAAACGAAAGAAUGAAAUGUUUAUACUACCUUUACGCAACCCUGGAUUCAAAUGCUGUUAAGGCAUUGAAUGAAAUGUGGAAAUGUCAAAAUCUGCUGCGGCACCAAGUAAAGGAUAUGGUUGACUUAAUCAAGCAACCCAAAACAGAUGCCAGUAGUAAAGCUAUAUUUUCAAAAGUGAUGGUAAUAACAAGAAACUUGCCAGAUCCUGGCAAAGCGCAAGAUUUCAUGAAGAAAUUCACGCAAGUUCUUGAAGAUGACGACAAAAUUAAGCACCAGUUGGAAACACUUGUUAGCCCAACAUGUUCAUGCAAACAAGCUGAAGGAUGUGUGCGAGACAUUACAAAGAAGCUAGGAAAUCCCAAGCAACCUACAAACCCAUUUCUGGAAAUGAUAAAGUUCUUGCUGGAGAGGAUAGCCCCUGUGCACAUUGAUACAGAAUCUAUCAGUGCCCUAAUUAAACAAGUGAACAAAUCUAUAGAUGGAACAGCAGAUGACGAGGAUGAAGGAGUACCGACUGAUCAGGCAAUCAGAGCAGGUCUUGAAUUGCUCAAGGUGCUUUCGUUUACACACCCUAUCUCAUUCCAUUCAGCUGAAACUUUUGAAUCCCUCCUGGCUUGUCUGAAAAUGGAUGAUGAAAAGGUGGCUGAAGCUGCACUGCAAAUUUUCAAGAACACGGGAGGCAAAAUUGAAGAGGAUUUCCCACACAUCAGAUCUGCUUUGCUUCCAGUUUUGCAUCAUAAAGCUAAGAAAGGACCGCCUCGCCAGGCCAAGUAUGCUAUUCACUGCAUCCAUGCAAUAUUUUCCAGUAAAGAAACACAAUUUGCACAGAUAUUUGAGCCACUGCAUAAGAGUCUAGAUCCAACCAACCUUGAACACAUGAUUACACCUCUGGUUUCCAUUGGCCACAUAGCCUUGUUGGCACCUGAUCAGUUUGCUGCCCCAUUAAAGUCUUUGGUGGCCACCUUUCUUGUGAAAGACUUGUUAAUGAAUGACAGGACGCCAGGUAAAAAGACAACUAAGCUCUGGGUUCCAGAUGAAGAGGUUUCUCCUGAGACACUUGCAAAGAUCCAGGCCAUCAAGAUGAUGGUUCGAUGGUUGAUAGGAAUGAAGAACAACCUCAGUAAAUCAGGAACUUCUACCCUGAGGUUGUUAUCAACAAUAUUGCACAGUGAUGGAGACCUGACAGAACAGGGGAAAAUUAGCAAACCUGAUAUGUCUCGUCUGAGGCUAGCUGCUGCGAGUGCUAUUGUGAAGCUAGCCCAGGAGCCUUGUUAUCACGAAAUCAUUACGUUAGAACAGUACCAGCUGUGUGCAUUAGCUAUUAAUGAUGAAUGUUACCAGGUUAGACAAGCAUUUGCUCAGAAACUUCAUAAAGGUCUAUCAAGGCUACGGUUGCCACUAGAGUAUAUGGCGAUAUGUGCACUGUGUGCAAAAGACCCCGUAAAAGAGAGAAGAGCUCAUGCAAGACAAUGCCUAGUGAAAAACAUCACUGUGAGAAGGGAAUAUCUGAAGCAGCAUGCAGCAGUUAGCGAAAAACUCUUGUCGCUUUUACCAGAGUAUGUUGUUCCAUAUACUAUCCAUCUUCUGGCUCACGAUCCCGAUUAUGUCAAAGUUCAAGAUAUCGAACAACUGAAAGAUAUUAAAGAGUGUCUUUGGUUCAUAUUAGAAAUAUUGAUGUCUAAAAAUGAAAAUAAUAGUCAUGCAUUUAUCAGAAAAAUGGUAGAAAACAUUAAACAGACAAAGGAUGCUCAAGGACCUGAUGACCCAAAAAUGAAUGAAAAACUUUACACAGUGUGUGAUAUAGCAAUGAACAUCAUAAUAUCAAAGAGCACAACAUAUAGUUUGGAAUCACCCAAAGACCCUGUACUUCCAGCUCGGUAUUUCACUCAACCUGACAAGAAUUUCAGUAAUACCAAAAACUAUCUGCCUCCAGAAAUGAAAUCAUUUUUCACGCCAGGAAAGCCCAAAGCUGCCAAUGUUCUUGGAGCAGUGAAUAAGCCUCUUUCGUCAGCUGGCAAGCAGUCUCAAUCCAAAUCUUCACGGAUGGAAACCGUAAGCAACGCCAGCAGUAAUUCAAAUCCAUCCUCACCUGGAAGAAUCAAAGGGAGGCUUGAUAGUACUGAAAUGGACCACAGCGAAAAUGAAGACUAUACAAUGGCUUCGCCUUUGCCAGGAAAGAAGAAUGACAAGAGAGAUGAUUCUGAAAUUUCAGAUCUGGAAAAGCCCAGAGGAAGGAAGAAAAUCAUUACAGACUCGGAAGAAAAGUUGGGUAUAGAUGACCUGAAUAAACUGGGACAAGAACCAAAACUUAGGAGUGGUCAGCGAGGGAGAAAGAGAGCAGCGGCCAUUUCUGAGUCUGAGGAACCUCAGUGGUCAGAGGAAAAGAGACUAAAGGAAGAUGUGCUCGAAAGUGAAGAUGAGCAAAAUAGCCCACCAAAGAAGGGAAGAAGAGGGCGACCUCCCAAGGCUGCUACGCAAAAGGAAGAGCCAGCAGUAAAGGCUCCUAAAAGAGGUAGGAAAAAAGCCACACCAGUUAAACCUGUAGAGGAAGAGGAGGAGGAGGAAGAGGAGGAGGAGGAAGAAAGGCAAAAUAUCGAGCAGAAGCCAAAAGGUCGGCAGUACAAGACACCAAGGAAAGCACAACAGAGGUCUGAAUCAUCUGAAAUAAGUACAGCUGAAUCAAACCAAUCUACACCACAGAAAAGGCGAGGGAGACCGUCAAAAACACCACCAUCGCAGCAGAAAAAAGGAAGAGCUGGACGGUCAAAGCAAACAGCAAGUAAAGAAAAUGAAUCAACUGAAGACAUGGAUGUAUUUCAAAGUAGUUCCCCUGUUCAGGACAUUCCCCAAGAAGUAACAAUGGAGGAAGAGGAAGUUCCUACAGUCAGAGUGAGCCGGAGGACAUCCAAAAGGGAAAGGCGAUGAACAACCGAUGUUCCCAGCCCUUGAAGUGAAGCCUUUUUGAAGAAUGCUCUUAUUAUGCAUAGUUUCAGGCUGAAGGAAGCUGUUGGUGCUCAGAAUGGGGUUGCUGAAGGAAGUUAGACCAAUCUUUUGUUUCCCGCCCUUGCAUUUGGAGUUCGUAGGUCACAAGCAUAGGCCACACACAUGUUAAUAUCAUUAACUUGAGGGUUCUUGUGAAGUGUAAUGUGCACUGGCUAUAUAAACACAUGGAAUAAAGAAACUCACCUGUAAAUAAUCCUUUUUUUAAAAAAGAAAUAUUUCUGACUUCUAAAGUGCUUGUAUAGCUUUUACAGCGGCUUUAAACCUGACAGUACCAGACUGUUUGUUAGAUAUGUUUAUUUCAAAAAAGGGAGGGUUGGGGGGGAGUUAGAAUGGAUAUCAAGCAAUAUCUGUCAGUGUCUGUAUUUUUAUUUUUAUUGGCAUUUAACUGUGAACAAAUUAUCAGCUUGACAAAUAGUGGCACUUCUGUCACUAUUUGUUUGGAAAGGAAAAUACAUGAUCUCUUUAUCUUUAUGUAUCUAAUCCAGUGUUUUACCUUUGGCACCCAUCUGUCUUCAAAGGUGCCAAAUUGAUUUUGAAUGAUGUGGGAUAAAAUAAUACAGCCAGAUGCAGAUUUGUGAAAGUCAAUUCAUUUUAUGCACCUCAGUAUUGAUUCCAGGCUCCUGGACCUCUCGUGGCAUUGAGCAUUUAAAAAAGAAAAAAAUGAUUUAAUAUGUUAAUUUUUUAUGUGUUAAUAAAUAAUGUAAUGAAAUCCUUUCCCCUUAUUUUUUCCUUAUUGGUUUAAUCUGCUGUAUCAAUAAAAUUCUGAACUGAA